AUGCCGUCCCUCCUCGACGCCGAACGCAGCGGCAGCCCCGUGCCCUCGCGCGAGCUCGCCUUCGUGCUGCACAAGGGCAAGAGCAACGUGGAGAAGCUCGAGCGCCUGGAGCAGCUGCUGGUCCAGGACCCUGUCUUCAACCACGAGAAGAUGAACUACCUGACCCGCGGCGAGCAGUACAAGCGCGCCAUGCAGAUGUCGGCCAGGGUGGAGAUCAUCGCACGCCGCAACAAGCUCAGCGACGAGGACACGGAGCAGCUGCGCCUGAUCUUCCAGGGCAUCACGAGCUGCUCGGCGUCCACGACGCUGCACACGCUCAUGUUCAUCAAGAACCUGGGGCUGCUCUUCACGGACGAGCAGCAGGCGCGGUGGAUGGACAUGGCCAAGCGGUGGCGCAUGAUCGGAUGCUACGCCCAGACCGAGCUCGGCCACGGAUCCAACGUGCGCGGACUCGAGACCACCGCCACGUACAUCCCCGCCACCGACGAGUUCGAGAUCCACUCGCCCACUCUGACGUCCAUGAAGUGGUGGCCGGGCGCGUUGGCUCGCACGGCCAACUUCGGAGUGGUGUACGCGCGACUGCUGCUCGGGGGCAAGGACUAUGGCGUGCACAACUUCAUGGUGCAGCUGCGUGACUUGGAGACGCACGACGCGAUGCCGGGCGUGACGCUGGGCGACGUUGGUCCGAAGAUCGGCUUCAACAAUGUGGACAACGGGUACUGCAAGUUCAACCGAGUUCGCAUCUCGCGCAAAAACAUGGGCAUGAGAUUCGCGACGGUCACCCGUGACGGCAAGUAUGUCAAGAACUCGGGCGUUCCUCAGGAGGUGCUCUACUUUACGAUGCUGCAGACGCGGAUGGUGUUCAUCCGCUCGGCUGGUAUCAACUUGGCAAAGGCGUGCACGAUCACUAUUCGCUACUCGGCUGUUCGCCAGCAAGGUUACGACGCCAACAACCCGAAGUCCAAGAAGGAGCUGAGUGUGCUAGACUACCAGACGCAGCAGUAUCGUCUGUUCCCGCUGCUUGCUGCGGCGUAUGCUAUUGUGCUGACGGUUUGCUUACUGUGGAUUUUGCUGGGCGACGCCGUGCAGACUGUCACGACUGAAGGCGACAACUUGGUGCUUUCGAUCCAGACUGCUCGAGCUCUGCUGAAGAUCUUGACGUCGUACAAGAAGACGGGCAAGGUGCCUGAGCCUAUGGCUUUUCUGGCCAACAUUGACAAGCUGCCGACUGCUACGCCUCGUACGAAGCAGCAGUGGCUGGAGCCUCAGGCAUACGUGGCUGCUUUCGAGCAGCGUUUCCUUUACCAGCUCCGCUCCUACGUGAAGAAGAUUUCAGCGGAGUCUUCUGUCACUGCCGGCUUGCAGAACAACUCGAUGGACACGCUGAAGCUGACCAACUCCUACGCCAGUUUGGUGAUCGUCAAGACCUUCACCGAAGCUGUUCAAGCCCCAUCGACGCUGACCUCCGAGUUCCUGUCGUCGCCGGCAGUCAUCAACGUUGUGCGCCUGCUGUGCCACUUGUUCGCGCUCACGCAACUGGAAGCCACCGCCGGAGAGUUCAUGGAGAGCGGGUGCGUCUUCCCCAGCGAGAUGCCGAUUAUCCGGGCCAACAUCGAGGAGCUGCUCGCGCUCAUCCGCCCGCACGCCGUGACGCUGGUGGACGGCUUCAACUUCUCGGACCACACGCUGAACUCGACGCUGGGUCGCUACGACGGGAACGUGUACGAGGCUCUGUACGAGUCUGCGCAGCACGACCCGCUGAACCACUCGUCGGACAAGGUGGCGUUGCACGAGUUGCUGCGCCCGAUCCGUGACGAGCUUUCGCAGUCGCGACUGUAGGAGUAGCGACGGCACUAGGCUGUUGGUUGCAGUACAGCCUGAACUUGUAUGGCAAACGUUGCGUUUCGUGACGAAUG